AUGAAGCUCACGCAAUACAUAUUUACGGCCCUUGCCUUUCUUCGGCCCCGUUCGAGCAGCGAUGAGUCUCCCGCGGCGUUCCCCCGUAUAUAUCGAUACAUUGUCGAUACAUGGGUUCGGCGGCCACUGGCUCCUCUGAUCUCGUUGACGGCUGUCGCUGCGCUCACCCUGCACCUCCUCAAGAUGGCGUAUUUCCUACCACCCAAGAUCUCGGACGCCGCGAUUCGACGAACUACAUCUACGCCUCAGGCAGCUCCCGCACCCAAGAAACAGCAGCAGUCACUCAUAAGAACCUGGACGGAGCGCCGACGCACUGCCUCGUUGGGAGAGUUUAUGAAGAACAUGUUUCCAAGUCAGCGCCCUGAACGCGGUGGCACCAGCAGGGGGCAGGGAUAUUGGGAGCAGAUGGAGAAUGAAGGGAAGGCACGGCCUCGACGGCGCAUGCCAGAUAGCCAGUACAGCGUCGGGGACGUUUCGGCGGAUUCCAGUCAUAUUGCUCGCUGGAACGUCCCGAGAGAGCUCUCGGAAGACCAGCCGUCUGGUUUGCCGCAAUCAAUGCAACAGCAACAACCUGCUGUGCCCGCGAACUCGGAAGCCUCAUCGCCGCCGAAUGAGAUACUGCCGGACCAGAGCUGGAGUUGGAGCCCUCAUAAUGGCUCUGAAAAUUCAAUCUCUGUGACGAAGGUAGGGGGGGUUUUACAGAGCAACUACGACGAAAGUAAUGCCCUCCACACGAGCAGCUUGGGUAUGGAUACACAGACUGUGGCAGAGGGAAAGCAACCUCUUAGAUAUGAUUUGCGCCGGGCAAGAGUCAAGGCUCGACGACGCGAACGCCGAAGCUUGAGGGAAAGCGGCGAUUAUCUGGGUGUGCAAGGAGUCAAUCCCCAUACCGGAGAGCUGGACAUUAUGAGUCCCUCUGAAAGCAGUGCUGGAAGCUCAGCGAGCCAUCAGGGGACACCACACAGCCUUAUGAGUGCAUGGCGAGAUAUUUGGACCAAACACCACAGGCCGGGAGGCUCGCCCAAUAAAGACGAGCACAUGGAGGGUGAAGACCUUAUGAUUUCAAGGUCACUGAAGGGGAAGCAAAAAGUGAGAGAAUUGAACAAAGGCGUCAGAUGGAAGAGACGUGUGGGCGAAUGGUCUUCGUUGCAAGAGCCAGACUUGAGCCCCAUCGCUCAAUCUUUGAAAAGUGCAUCCCUGAGCUCUCGCAGGCCAUCUCACGUUCAGCAUCCCCCUCAGGCAAUCCAGCAACCAACAGACGUCUCUGACGGUGAAUCGCUGCAAGAUACCAAUCCUCCUCAUGCUAAGCCUCUCUCAAUCAAGGGACUUGGCAGUCAUAACGCUGCUUCAUCGCCAGAAGUAACUCCCCCAACCCGCAGCUCGUCCAAUUCCACGGAGCUCCAUGAGGGUGAAUCAGGCCUUGACGAAUCUGGCUCCCAUGCGAGCUCCAACCCUGCAGAUCAACCCGAGAACAAGCCUUUUUUAGGCAUAGCAGCCGAAAGGGACGCCAACCAGCCGCGCGCGGAGGCGAGCAAUAUAGCCCUUUCGGCAACCCAAUCUACCCAGUCGAUCCUAGCUUUUGGUCGGAAACCAGAGCGCUACUUCUGUUUCCCAGGAAUGACGAGCAUGACUCUGUUCAGCCCGGAUCAACACUCGAGGAUAGUCAGAGAGCCGCCUCCUUUGACCCUUCUCGAACAAAGCCCGUUGGAGGCCACGUCCCAAUUACAAUCUACAAACAAUCCCAAAAGGGCCCUGAGAAGGCCAUCGGAGACGCAUCGGAACCCACACGAUGGGAAAGCUAUCGAAAUAAAGACAGUGAAGGGGCUGAAGCAGGUGAUACCAAACAUUCCAAGAGCACAAACAUCAACCGGCCCGCUGCAGGAAGAGUCAGUCACCGCAGAGCUUCCUGCAACCUCCCACCACCCACAUCGACGACUUUCCAAGGUGGAGAUAAAUCAGGAUAUGAGAGAAUUGAAGGAGGGGGUAGCAAAACUGGACAAGCAGUGGUUGGAGCAACCUUGGUAUCUUCAAACCAAACCCGGGACGGAACACGAGCAGACGAGCAAUAUCUUGUGCGAAAUCCUGGGCAAGAGCAGCGAGAUCAAGGACCCUGCCUACAUACCCACCAUCAUCACUACUGGCUGCAACCGCCAAACUCCUCCCUCAGCCUCUCAGCCGGAAGAGCCGAUAGGCCUGGACCAUCUCCUUCAGCCAACCGGAGCCCGGCAAGAAGAAUUGAAUUGCAGUGUGCCGGCAGUGAGAUCAUCCAGGAACAACUCGGGCAACUUUCAUUCAAACCCAGCCAUGAGCUCCAAGCAGAAUCCAACCUCACCAGCAGAGGCCAGCUUGGUAGGCGAACCACGAGCAGACACUACAUGUCUGGAGCAGGAGUCUCACAAGAUGCAGCUAGGAGAGGGUCUCUGGCAAGGCAGACGUUCAGUGAAGGCUAUUAUGAUGGCUCCGGAAGAAAGCUCGUUGCGCAAGUCAACAUUUAUACAGGACCAAACAUUACAGGCUGCGAAUCAAAGCAAGAAUCUAUCAGCAGCAAGCCAAGAUACGCAACAAUUAGUGCCCGAGAGCGAAACAAGUCUAGCAGACCACCAAGUGCAGACACACAGCCCUCCGGAGAAGCAUCGAGUCAGCCCAGAGCACGGAGGCGAAGACGACACCGAAAGUCUUUUGCCAGAGGACCAGAAACUUGAAACCAAGGCUCUGAAUACAAGACCAGGGGAAAAGAGUGAUGAUAAAUUGGAGGCAGAGGAACAGCUUACCGAAUUGCAGCGUUUUCUGCCGUACCUGAAGACUUGGGCUCAGCUAUACUGGUCAACAGUCUGGCCAAUACUUGAUCUACGAACUUUACGAGUCCCGCAUGAAGGGCCAAUGCCUUUGUGGAAGGCCUGUCUGUUGAUAGUGCUCGCAACGCCGGCUGUGGGCCUCGGGUUUGUGGCGGUUGUCCAGGGAAUGAAGUUUGUCAUGUUCGUGGCCUGGCUGCUGGAUUACUCUGCGGAUGAUGAAUCGGCAAUCUGGGCCUAA